UAUAACUUCCGGUGACAUCAGAGGAUCUGUUCCUUUUCAUCUUCUCGCUUCGCAGGUUGUUUUUUCCGCGCUAGCAAAAGACUAGGAUAUUGUGUUUCAUUCGUUGCUGGUGGCCUUGUGGCAUUGUAUUGUCGGAGCAGCGAGUUGCUCGCCCUCCAAAGGCCGCAACGGAAUCCACCGACAGGUGAGUUACAAACUUUUUACAUAACUGCUCGUUUGGUGCAUUUGUUGGUGACGGCUGUGUUUUCGCUCCCUCUCCCGACAUUUGUAAUCUAACGUUAACAGUUACCUUUAUAUUAUUGAUUCAUCUGCGAUUUAUUGUUGUAACACGGACGCGUUUUUGGUUGAUUGUUCAGCUGCGCUCGUGUAGUUACUUCGUGCCAACUCGGUUGUGCCGGUUUAUUUUGUUAAACGUCUUUUUGCGCUUUAACUGCGCUUUGUGUAUUUAGUACCAACUCGGUUGUGUCGGUUUUUCGUUUAAACGUUCGGCGCUUAACUGCGCUUGUGUAUUCGUGCCAACUCGGUUGUGCCAGUUUUUUGUUAAUCGUUCGGCGCUUAACUGCGCUUUGUGUAUUUUGCAACAACUCGGUUGUGCCAGUUUUUUGUUAAUCGUUUCGGCGCUUAACUGCGCUUUGUGUAUUCGUGCCAACUCGGUUGUGCCGGUUUUUGUUAAUAGCGCUUACCCUUAACUGGCUUCACAACGUUUGCGGUGACGGUUGUGCUUUCGCUCCCGGCACCGGUACUGCGUUUAGUGUCUUAUUUUUUCGUUGCCCUAAGCUGGUGGAGGCAGUGCUUUCGCUCCCGUUCCCAGCAUAUUUGUGCCUCAGGGACUAGAUUGGUGGCAGUGUUCCCGCUGAAGCUAAUCUUUUUUCUUUUUUGCUACAUUUGUUGGUGAAGGUUGUGCUUUCGCUCCCUCUCCCGGCAUCUGUACUGCAUUCUGUGUCUAUUUUUUCGUUGGGAUAGUUUACCCUUAGCUGGUGAAGGCAGUGUUUUCGCUCCCGCUCCCAGCAUAGGUGUGCCCCUGUGACUAAUUGGUGGCAGCGUUUCCGCCGAGGCUACCUUUUUUUCUCAGUUGCCAGCAUGGUUGGCAACCACUCCUGCUCGGCCUGUAUGGCUCCUCUGCAGCUUGAGGAUGGCCAUGAUUUAUGUCCCUCAUGUCUUGGCUUUGAACAUUUAAAGGAGGGUCUUUCUGACGACCCCUGCAUGAACUGUGGUAUCAUGCCUCGGGCAGUGAGGGCAGCUAGACUGGCUGAGGUGGAGCAACUGUCGGGCUCUACUUCGUCGAUUGGACAUUUGACCCCAGCCCAGCGACUGGUUCCAGAUCAGACUGGGCAGUCUAAACGUCAGGCUGCUGAGGCCGCAGGCCCCACUCCUGCAAAAAAGGCCAAGGGACCCCGGCUUGCCUCUAAAGUGGACCAACUAACAGCGGAGCUCAAUACUAUGAAGUCCCUCUUCCUGGCUUUCCAGUCCGGGACUGGAGCAGAGCCGCCAGAUGAUUUUGUCCCUUCGGCAGCCUCCUUGGAGUCGGAGGACGAUGUGCUUUCCAUGGCAGCUUCAGCUGGCCAGUUUAAUGAAUAUGAGCCAGAGGUACUUCCACAGAUGGGAGCCUCCCAACCUUCUGCGGCCGGCUCCCGGUCUUCAACCCAUAGCUCUACUGGUGGUGUUGAGGACUGCUCUAUGGGAGCCAUCAUUCGUAUGGCUCUUGCUCGUCUCCAGUUGGACGUCCCGCAAACUCAGCCGGCUCCGGCCAGUGCUUUUUUCAGGCGUGUCCCAGCCUCCGUCAGCUUUACUGCGCCCCCAUCGGAGGAGUAUUUGAGGGAGUUGCAGGCAUGUUGGAGGGAUUCUAAGGCCCUCUCUCAUGCAACGUCCGAUGGCCGGACCCUGGCAGCCAUGCAGGACGCACAGAAGUUCGGAUUGGACCGCAUGCCAGCAGUUGAGCCGACAAUAGCGGCUCUUAUCAUCUCACCUGAUGAGGCUUUGAGGCCGGAUGCUAGGUGCCCUCGCCCCCAGUGCCGGGUUACAGAUGACCUGCUCUGUAAGGCCUAUGAUGCAGCGGCUCGCAUGGGACGCAUCGGUAACUCCAUGUCCCACCUGAUGCUCGCUUUGUCAACUUCCCUGCAGGAGACUGAGUUGGAUGCCUCUGUCCACAGCUUUAGCGAUGCUUCACUACAAGCAUUCGCAUUGAUGUCUAGGGAAUUGGGGCGGUUGAUGUCUACUCUUGUGCAGGCUCGCCGCCAGGUAUGGUUGGCACAAUCUCCUCUCACUGAGGCCUGUAGGAGAACCCUCCGCAGUGUUCCGGUGGAACCAGGGGAGCUGUUUGGUUCCGCAGCUCUGGAAGCGCUUGAGCGCACGGUCCAAGCCGGACGGACUCGACAGCAGCUGUCCGGGCUUCAGAGAAGCGUUCCGCCUCCUAGCAGGCCUAGAGGUCCUCCAGCUGUCCCACAGCGCAGCUCUCGUCCACAGGCUCACCCCAGGGGCUACCUAAGGUCUCUGCGCCCACGUCCACAGCCUGCUCAGCAGCAGGCACCGACCUUUCGGGUGCCUGACCGGCUGCCCUCAGGACAACCUCAGUCCUUUCCGACCCGUCGUGCCUCUGGAACCUUUAGAGGCCGGGGACCCCGGCGCUGAAGCCCGGGGGUCGGCCGUCGGCUGUUUUUCCCAGCAGCAGCUCAGCUAUUGGGCUGCCUCCACCAGGGACCCAUGGGUGCUCUCAACCUUAACCCACGGGUACAAACUUCAGUUCCGACGCCGGCCCCCAGCCCAUGGCCGGGUCAAGAUGACCAUCAUAAACGACCCGGCAAAAGCCCAAGCCCUCACCCAGGAGUUGUCCGCCCUCCUGGACAAGGGUGCCAUCGAGCCAGUAGAUCCCCUAUUGCACCCCGGGGGGUUCCACAUGCUGACCACUGCAGAGGUUCUACGUACAAUUGCCAAAGGAGAGUGGUUUACGUCAGUAGACCUGAAGGAUGCCUACUUCCACAUCCCUAUAGCUCCACACCAUCGGCAGUUUCUGCGGUUUGCCUUUCA